UACAGUAGAUAUCACAUAGAGGAAAUACAAUUUUUUAAUGUAACAUUUCAGAAGAAUUGAUUGUAAAUCUAUCUUUACAUAGGUAACAAACAGUUUCAAAAACACUAGAUUUAUUUUAGUGGUUGUAGUUUGACAUAUAAUUAACAUUUAUGUGCUGUUUUUCUUCAGCUGGUACUGGGGCCUUAGACGACCCUCAAGGCAUUAUGAACAAUUCGAAAUCGCAAUCGCUCUCAGCACAAUAUCUUCGGGCUUCGGCUAGAACUAAUAAAAAAUGAAAAGCUUGUGAGGACACUGAGGUGAGGUGGAGGUGUGUGCUGACUCAUUUUGAAUCAAUCCGUCCAUUUUCUCUACUGCUUAUCGGGACUACGGUUGCAGGUGUGCCACAGCCUAUCGCCUGGGAGAGGCGGCGUAAACCCAAGUGGCUACCAGCCAAUCCCAGAAUGCAUAUAAACAAACAAACAAUCACAUCCGUGGACAAUGUAGAGUCUUCAAUUAAUCCAAUAUGCAUGUUUUUGCAAAAACUGACGACCUGAAAAAGGGGGGCCACCCACCAGUUUUGAUGUGGUCGGCUGGUUAAUGCUGAGCCAAGAAGAAGGGUGUGCACACUUAUGGAUCCACGUGAUCUCAGUUGUUUGUUUUCGACUUCCAAGAAGGGUGUGCGCACUUAUGCAUCCACGUAAUCUCAGUUGUUUGUUUUAACCCUCCACAUUUGAAAAGAUUAUUUUUAAAAAUUCAAUUGUAUUUGUAGCCUAUAGGUCAAAACUUUUGAAAUUAUUUAACUCGCCGUCAUUUAGAUCCUUUGUACAGGUGUGCGCAGGCUUUUUUUUGUCUCUGCCCUAAGUACAACCGAAGUCGAUCCAUGCAUGUAAAUAUAGUGCGACCGUUGUCAUGCGUUUAUUUGCACUGGCACUCCGGGGAAGAUGAUUAGCUGGAUGUGAGCGAGCCUUCCGCAUGAGCAGCUACACGGACGCGGGGAGCGACUGUUUAUGGUGCCGUGCGUGCUUGCGUGUGCACUUGGCCGCUGGAGGAAAUGAAUGUGAAACUGAGAGAUAAGCAAUGACAGGGUGGGUAGAGGCGAGUUGUGGGGGUGGGGGCGGGGGUCGAACAGUUUGGAGCAUCUACUGUAUACAAGAAAGGGCUCCUUUAGGUCACUAUUAUAAUAGGGACGCCCCCCACCCCCUCCCACCCAGCCUCCAGCUAUGUUGUGGCUUAUCGUUGGUACACCAAGCAAAAUCGUCGAUUUUUCAGGCAAUUUAUUUUGAUGGGUUUGUACAAGUAUACGAUCUGUUUGUACAAAGGUACAUUGCCGCUCGGUGUGCAUUAAAUUUCCAAUGUUUGAUGCUUUACAAUUAUUAUAACGUCUUUGCUCAUUUCUGGUAGCUCAUCUGUGGCAUUUUGCUCGCGUAGUCCCUCAUUUAUUUAUCCAUCAUAUCCAUAAAUCCAGAAGGUAGGAACCAUAAAUUAAUUUUAUUAUUUAAAUAUUGGGUGGCACGGUGGGCUCAGCUGGUAAAGCAUUGACCUCACAGUUCUGAGGUCCUGAGUUCAAUCCCGGACCCACCUGUGUGGAGUCUGAUGUUCUCCCCGGGCCUGUGUGGGUUUUCUCUGGGCACUCCGGUUUCCUCACACAUCCCAAAAAACAUGCAACAUAAAUUGGACACUCUAAAUUGCCCCUAGGUGUGAUUAUGAGUGUGGCUAUUUGUCUCUACGUGCCUUGCGAUUGGUGGCAACCAGCUCAGGAUGUGCCCCGCCUCCUGUGCGUUGACAGCUGGGAUAGGCUCCGGCACUCCCCGCGACCCUCAUAAGGAUAAGCGGUAAAGAAAAUGGAUGGGUGGAUGUUUUACAGUAAACUUCAACUGGGAGUAACAAAUAAACAGCUUUAAAGCACGCAUAAUUUGCCUCUGAUGGGGAAAACUGCACUAAUGCUACUAAAGUAGUGUACAGUACAGCAUCACUAUUUAGCAUCACAGUAGAGUCGCAGUGACGCAUUACUAUUACUAUUAAACUCAAGCAGCAGAAGUGUUUGUGACGUUUAAGUCUUCAGGGGCCUCAAACACACACAGAUGGAGGUUCUACUGUACAUCGAUUUUUUUUUUUUAACAGAGUAAAACGUGACAAUAUCUGGUGUACCUGCACACUCGAAGGAGAUGCAAUGCAACAACUUUAGUAAGAGCUCAUUUAAAGGCAGCAUAUUUAGGCAUACACGUUAUUUAAACACCUGACAAAAUAAUAAAACAAUUAGCUUCCCCGUGAUAAAAAUACACUUAUGAUUGCUUUUGUGAGAUCUUUGUACACUUUCUUUAACAUCACAAGAUUCUUGAGCAUAUGCAGCAGCUGAACGCAUUUUCCGUACUAAAAAAAAAAAUAAUAAUUUUUUAAGAGAUUAGAAUACUGAAAUAUCUUUUUAAAAUAAAUACAUAGCUUACAAUUUUUUCAAAAAUAUUUUAAAAUUUAAAUUCAAAUUGAUUUCAAUUAUAAUUAUAUUAUAUAUUUUGAUUAGAUUUUAAAACAAAUGGUCAAAUACAAUGGGGACAAAAAAAUUACACUAAAACACAAGAGCUACUACUGCAUUUGUAUUCAUUUUUGGCCAAACAGUUAAGUAACCACGGCACAGCAUUGGAAUUCAAGUAUGUAAAACAAAUAUCAUAUCCGUGACAGCGUGGCAUGAGAUCACACACGUGUACCUAAUGUUACUCCUGGCCUGGGGUGUCAAAUGUGACGGCUGCUGUUUCAUGUUACAGCGCCUCUUUUCUUUGUGUCUGUGCGGAUUUAAAAAAUAAUAAUAAAAAAAAAAAUCACGGCGCAGGCAGCUGGUUUGUGUUUACUACUACAGUACAGCUGUCAGCUUAGAUUAUGAUGUCACCAUCCAUCCAUCCCUCCAUCCAUCCUGCGGCCUCACAUGAGCCAACAGAGCCGACUUAUUUACUCAUAUAAAGAUGUGACAUCACAUGAUUACAAAUCGACCAACAAACUACUAAUAAAUACUAUUUGUUCCAUUAAAUUGUAUUAAUUCAUUCCCUAGUAGUUUCCUUUCACUUCAUGGUGUUUCUCCAGGCUGUACUGUUUCUCGUUCUUCUAUUAUUUGAUUUUUUUUUUUUUGGUCCAAUCAGACUGCAGCCUCUAUGUAUUAAUAUUCCCAGGGCAUCCACAAUCAGUACCGCUGUGCCAUGUAACUUCAACUAAAUUAGCAAUGGAAUUGUUGGCCCUCAAUGACAUCGGGAAUUUUACGUCCUCUGACUCGUUGUUUGGACAAAGCGUUUGAUCUCAAAACACAUCUGUAGUCAGAAUCAGAAUCAGAAUCAACUUUAACGGUCAAGUGUGGAACGACACUCAAGGAAUUUGUGAAUUUUGACAUUCAUGUUGAGUACGGAGAAGAACUCCAAACAAACUAACAAGAACGAAGAACAAUCGACAUUGAAUUAAUAGGGAACAAUUUCUUAUAAGAGUCACAGUUUUGCAAGGAUGCAGAGUCUUCAAGCAUUUAGAGCAGUUAAGAGUGCGUGUUACGCUUGUACGGAGUGCCCUGACCCGUUCGCGGUUCGACGUUAUAAACCAGUGCGAUGACAAUUGUGCAAAGGGAGCAGUUUGAUGUGCCCAAUCGUCCGAUAGUCUACAUCGAUGGUCUCAAACGUGUGGCACGCGGGCCAUUUGUGGCCCACAAGAUGAUGUUUUGCGGCCCCCACCUUAAUAUGAAAGUAUAAUGGGAGUGCAGCCCCUUGAGUUUUAUAUGGAUGGCACUUUUACAAUGUUGUGUGCGCAGCAGACGAAUCACGGUGGGGUAGAUGGCUAUCGGGCAUGUGACAUCGAUCGGUGUGAUGGUCUGAGCGCUCCCCAUGCUGAAUAGUCCCCUUGUGAUUUAUUGCGCAUGCGUUACUAACAGGGGAACUCCGGGUACGUAGCAGACGCUUACUGGUCUCAUAGUUCCCCUUCUUCUACAUAGAGGGAGCUAACAUACGUUAUAACCUAACCCUAACCUAACCUUAAAACAAAAGUAUACACAUAUCUGUACAUUCGAUGUGUUCGUCUUUCUGAGCGAACAUGAACACGCGGCGACAAGUUGUCGAACGGUACACAUUGAAGCAUGGAUGCGGAUGUUCCAGAAUGGCGAGAAGUUUACAAAAUAUACGCGUGUGCGCAUUAAUAUACGCGCAUGCACAUUAAUCACAAAAAGACUUUUCAGCAUCGGGAGCGCUCAGGCCAUCACACCAGGCCUGAUGCAAGCAGAGAAACUAUUUUCAAUGAUAAAGUUACAGCAGCGUUGCCAAGGAGUUUUUUUUUUUCCCCAGAAGUUUUAGACAAGUUGUCAACACCAGCGUCCUUCAUCUUAUUUUGUGUUUUAAAAAAAGAUGUUUGAGAAGAUAGGACUGUUUUUUAUUUCUAAUUUUAAUCCUACAUAAGUCCAUGUGCACUGAGGCUGCGGCCCAGCCUCAGCCAGACUCCGCCUCCAGAGGCCCCAGGUUAAAUUGCGUUUGACACCCCUGGUCUACAGGAUAUAUUGGUAAUACUGAACAGAGCCGAUGAGGUAAAAAAAAAACAAAAAACAAUCUGCUCUGACCAUCAUUUGCGUCACGCACUGCAUACAUUUUUCAAAUCCUGUAAAAGAAUACUUGAAAAAUAUAAAUUUUAGGGGAAAAAAAUAUACAUUUUUCUAAAAAAAAUACAGCAGGCUUUUCUUUUAUAAAAUGCCCAACUCCUCCAAAAAUAACUUUUUUUUGCCAGAAAAAAAUGAACAUUUUUUGGUGGGAAAUAUCUAAUGUUUUCACAAAAGAAUACAUUCGCAUGUAAAAAUAUGGAUGAUUUUAAGGACUACAAAACAUAAAAUUGGACAGGAAGUCAGACAUUUUGGUUUAAUGUGGACAUUUUGGCUAAUUCAAUUUGGGCAAUUCUCAUAUUUUGAUGAAAUCCUGUUAGAAUAGAGAAUGCACCCAAAUGAGCGGCGAUCGUACGCAGGAAUCGCUAAAUUGUGAGGACUUUUUUUGCCUACAGGUUCAAAUGUGGCUAAAGGGGAAAAAAAGUAUCAACAGGAAACAGGGAGACCUUAAAUAAAUGUACAAACAAAAAGGCCCAUGCCUGAGAUUCAGGAACUCGGCCAUUUUGGUUUGAAGAGCUCAUUUGGGGUGAAUUCAAGCACUCCCACUUUGACAAAUGAGCGCCACCUAACUGUAAGCAAGUUUCGAAGACAGAUGAGCAUCAACAAAUUGUUGGGAUUUAAAACAUUUUUUUUUUUGCUACACCGUACAAUGAAAAGAGAACAAGCAGUGGCAACAGUCACUCGUCGUUUUCAAGACAUUUGGAAAGCGAAAUAAAAUACAUUUUGAGGACUGUUCAUAAAAAAAUGAAGUGUUUUAUUUACUGCGAUGAACUCCCAUCCGUAGGAUUUCUCACCAUGAAGGUCACAAAGCCUGAAUUUGUCACAGUGAAUGAAACACUUUAUCUUUUGUGCUCAUUCUUGUUUACCUUUUUGCGCGCGAUACAAAAAUGACCUUGUAGUUUUUUGCCCAGAGAAAGCGCAAGUGUGUGUUUACCUCUUGAGAAAGAAACAUAUAAAUAAAGAUCAGUUUAAAUAGUAAUAGUGUUGCUGGCAGUGAACCUGGCAAGGUAGCUUAUCAACAAAUGAUUCAAUUUCAAAAACAAGGCUGGAUACUUGCAGGAGGCAGCAAGCUGAGGUCGUCUUCAAGGUACUCAUGUGAGCGUCUGGCCCAGGUUAGUCCAAUGAUCGACACCGGCCCGCCGAGCAUGCUGGAGAGCGCGGAGGAGGCGCCGUGCACUGUGUGCUGCUGCACACUGGGCAACAAGAUCCUCACUGUGGUCUUCAUGGUGCUGCUGAUCCUGGCCAUCCUCUUCGGUAACCUGCUGACCCUGGCGGUCAUCUUGGGUACUAAGCACUUCAGGACACCGCAGGGCUACCUAAAAGCCUCGCUGGCUGCGGCCGACCUUGUGGUAGGUGCCUUCGUUGUGCCGCUGUCUGUCUACGCUGAGCUCUACCUCAUGGCUGGUGAUUCUGCGCCCGAGUGGACGGCAUACAACUCACAUUCAGUGAGCUUCCACCCUUGCACCCUUAUCGGACCCAUUUUCGCCGGUUGCACACUGGUGUCCAUCACCACCAUCUUCCUGAUGACGAUAGAGCGUAGCAUUGCUGUGCUGAAGCCGCUGCAUAAAGACUCGGUGAUCACGCGCAAACGGACCACAAUCCUCAUAGUGCUAUCCUGGCUGGGGAGCUUCUUCCUGGCCGUGUCGCCCCUGGUGUUCAGCCGCGAGAUCGUCCUGGAGUACAACACCUGCAGCCGUAUGUGCAACUACGCCUUGGGGACCAUCGGCGAGUUCCCCUCGCAGGCCUGGAACAUCCUGCUCCUCUUCCCAGCCUUUGACUUCACCCUUCUGGGCGGCACAGUGGCCAUCAACAUCAUCUCGCUGUCCAGCAUCAGGCAACACUCCAAGCGCAGGAAACACCUGGCAGAGGCCGAAUGCCAAAAAGCCAGCAAGCCCACUUUCUCUGACAUCAAGGCAGCCAAGACCAUCGGGACACUGACGGUGGCCUUUACAGCCUCCUUUACACCCAUCGCAGUCUUUGUGGUGGGCAACGUUCUGGGCAAUGAGUGGUGCAAUUUCUCCUUCUUCGCCUUCUGGAUUUUGGCCACCAACAGCUGCUGCAAUGUGAUUAUUUACAGUGUGCGUGACCAGAAGUUCAGACUGUGUGUGCACAAGUUGCUGCUGAGUGACGCCAAUAAGAGUUGCAGACAGUCUUGAGCUUUUAUUUUUUUUUUUGUUGAGUCUGCAUGUCUGUCUUGUGGACUGCUGAAAGUGACAUCUCGUAAACGCACAGACCACUUGAGCCGGGCUCCAGUUAGGACCUGAACUUUUUGGAUGAAUUUUCACAGGGAGGGAUUGAGGGAUUGUUGCUGUUGAUGGAAGGUAUUGGAUGUUCGGUAAAGUUGUUGAUGAGUGUGCACAAUCAGUUGUCCAGUAAACGUAUCAGUAUGUGGGUUAACAGUUUUGAUGGUCGAAUACCCUAACCUUAACACUCUUCCUUCCUAUCUUUAAUUCUACCCUAACCAGUAACACUAAAACGCAACCGUAACUCCUUAUCUGUUUCCUGUCUGAACAGCUACUCUAAAACUCAUCAUUUCCCCCAACUGCUAUCAUUCUUCCUUCCAGACCCGAACCAUCACCUGAACUCUAGCCUCUUCCUUCUUAUCCAGUAACCUGAACCCAAACUGAAAUCUCUCUUCCUAACUUUAAAUUAACCAAUAUCCUGAGUACAAUGAAUUUGUUUGGAUGGUCCAUCCUCUUGAACCUUUUAGUACCCUCAUUGUGUACUACACCUUUACCUGACCUAACCUCCGAUCGCCAACCAUUACCCUGAACAGUAUAAAUAACUCCCCCACCCUCGCCACAUUUAUCAGACCCACUUGGUUUGAAAGUUUUGAUUCGCUGAAGAUUUAUUCAGUUUUCAUACUACCAUGAUCCUUUAGAGGGAGGGAGAGGAUUUGUCUUGUUUUGUGUGGAGCUGUGCUAAAAGUCUGUGGAAUCGUUCUUCAUCUGAGCUCAA